UGUCUCUAAAAGUGUGUUGAGCUUCUUAACUAGUAUGAUGAUUGUAAUGUCUUUCCACUUGACCUGUUGUUGGGUAGCAUAUACUGUUAAUGCCAUGUCGUAAAGAUUCUUAUCAAUAGAAUCAUAAUGGGCUCAGGAGACAUAAUUAGUCAAACAAUUAUAGAGAAAAAGCAAUUUAAAAAAAUUGAAAUGAUUAGAGUAGCAAGAUUUACAUUCCUUGGCACUUUCAUGGUUGGUCCAGUAUUGAAAACAUGGUAUACUGUUUUAGAAAAAUUUGUUGGUGUUAAAGGAGCUACUAGUGGAUUGAAAAAGAUGUUAUUAGAUCAGACAGUAUUUGCACCUAUUUUUUUAAUCAAUUUUGUGACUAUUAUGGGUAUUCUUCAAAAUGAAACAUCCACUGAAAUUAAAAAACGGAUACAACGGGAUUAUGUAACAAUACUGAUGUCUAAUUAUAAGCUAUGGCCAACUGUUCAACUGUUUACAUUUUAUGUAAUUCCCUUUCAAUUCAGAGUUAUUUUUGUGAAUGUUGUUGCUAUCUUUUGGAAUUCAUACUUAUCUUGGAAAUCAAAUAGAAAGAAUUUACAUGGAGAAAUUAAAGAAAUAUCACAAUAACAUGAAAUAUUUGAAAAUGUUUCUACAUAAAAACCAAAGAAAUGAUUUUGUUAAAAUAUUCAGGUUUGCAUAAUGAUAAU